AUGGCUCCCCCUGCCUUCAAUCUCACCGCGUUGGACCACCAACUCCUCGCCAUGACCGACGAGGAGUUCGUAGCCCACGACUGGAAUGAUCUACAAAGCAUUAUCGCCCGGAAUGAUCUUGCCGCACUCAAGCGGAAACCCUCCGAUCUCCGCCGAUACCUGGAUUGGAGUGCAGCCACCAAGGCCGAGUAUGGCUCCAUCAUGAAUUUUAUCUGCCAGCGCCGCCUGGGUUGGUCGUCUCCGCUAGCCUCAACCGAAACAACCCCCGGCUCCACGCCGUCCCCGUCUUCCGCAUCCGCGUCCAGUACACCCGCGGCUAUUCAAAGUGGAGUCGCCUUCAGGAACCCGCGCCCAUUUGCCGACCCUGAAGACUACAAGAUUCUCCGUAAUGACUGGCCCUACGGCUUGGAUCCCGGCAUUUCGCACCUCAUUGUCUGGCUGCGUACCCCGAUCCCGGUACAGGGGGACGAAGGUCAUCUCACCGAUGAGUCGAGGGCUUUGAUUGACGACUUUGUUCAGCGGACUUUUGUUGGUCGUCUGGCCAGGGAUCCGGGACAGCGCUUCCAAGAUCCCAAAUCUCAAAUCUUGUGGUUUAAGAAUUGGGUUGGUUUGCAGAGUGUACGGGCCCUGGAACACGUUCAUAUUCUCACUAGAGAUGUUCCUGAAGAUAUUAUCUUGGAAUGGUCGGGGGAGACUGGCGUCACGCGGGAGUAA